CUGAGGUGGGCGAGAUUUUUUGUUGUCACUCUCCUCUCCUCGUUCUUCGAUGCUCAUCCAUUAGAGGAGGAGCCGAUGUUUCUGCUUCCAUGGUAACGCUCUCGUCUCCAUCUCCCUCGCUCUCUUGCGUAGAGAACGUGACAUGUAAAUCUUCUCACGUUUCUCGGGUUCUAAUCUCCGGUACCGAUAAUAUUAAUCACGGUGAAUCGUCGGAAGCCAAAAUACUGAGAGAUGUUCAUAUCUCAGAAAGGUUAUUGGAGGAUUUCACUGAGCUUGCAAGAGAGAACACUGAGAAGGACCUCGAGACUUGUGGGACUCUCGCUGCCUUUCUUGAAAGAGGAAUUUUUUAUGUAACCACUCUGAUAAUACCUAAGCAAGAAUCAACUUCUAAUUCUUGUCAGGCUAUGAAUGAAGUGGAAGUGUUUUCCAUUCAAAACGAAAGAGAACUCUAUCCCGUAGGAUGGAUUCAUACUCAUCCUUCUCAGGGUUGUUUCAUGUCAUCUGUAGAUCUGCAUACACAUUAUUCGUAUCAGGUAAUGGUGCCAGAGGCUUUUGCAAUCGUCGUAGCUCCAACUGAUAGCUCUAAGAGUUACGGGAUAUUUAAGCUAACGGACCCUGGAGGAAUGGAGGUACUGAGAGGCUGCUCAGAGACUGGAUUCCACCCGCACAAAGAACCAGAAGAUGGGAACCCAGUUUAUGAGCAUUGCUCAAACGUCUACAAGAACUCGAACCUUAGGUUCGAGAUUUUUGAUCUACGUUAAGGUAACGACUUCUGUGGACUUAUCAGUAAAAAGGUUCAAACUUUAUCCACUGUGGGCUAAGGAUGUCAAUAAUAACCGUCAUCAUAACCACCACCCUAACCAGAACUGUAUACUUGGUCUGAGAAGGCUGUCUGAUUCGGGUUAUGAACACAAGGUACCUUCUAUUAAGCUUAGCAAUGUUAAUAAAUUGUCAUGUCCUUAGAUUUGGAUCAAUUGGUUCCAUUAUGGAAGAACAACAAUGACCAUAGACAUAAGACAUUGUAUUGGCGUAUGCAAUUGUUAUAUAUCUGUACAAAUGUAUACAUUGGCAUCUAUUUCUCCAUAUAACACUACAUUAAUAUUAUCACCAUAUUUCGCCAUUUUAUACCUCUUAACUUGCCAGUGAUGACUGAUGAAAAUGGUUGAGCUUUUAAAAAGGACGGGAAAAUUUUAAACUUGAGCUUUGACUUGUUAAAAAAUUAUUCAUUUUGACAGUUUUCGUCU